AGAUCGCCCCCUAGGUGCGUUAACUGCAGCUAGGGAUAAUAGGCUUUAUCACUGAAGGGGCUGGCAAAGGCGCUUUCUCAGAAAUUAAAGCAUUAAAUACAUGCUUCGCCAUGGACAGGGGGUCAAGAUGUGCAGAUGGUACCAUAACGUCUGGUCUGAAGGAGCGGAAUGUAAGUGGGUGUCAAAUUGGCGAGUGUCUUGACUUGCUUGCUUGACGUCUGUUGGAUGCGGGGCGGGGCUUGGAGCGGUGACACGUCAGAGACUAGUGGGGACAGAAAGCGGUCUGUGUACUGGCCUCCGCCGCUCGGUAAGGCUAGAUGGAAGAAUUUGGGGAGGGGGCAGCAGUGUCCGUAGGUUACCCCUGAAAGCAUCCCCAGUCCAUCACAGUCGUUUGCCAGAGCGCGUGUACGCGAAAAGCCCGGGAUAUUAUACCGUUUGGAGCUCUGUACGGCCAACAUGAGAUUCUCGAUGCUGAUCUCUCUCAUCAGGCCGAUAGGGCCAGUUAUUGUCGGUAUCUCGUUGGGAUUCACCCUGAGUUUGCUCAGCGUUACUUGGGUGGACGAGUCCUGCGAUUCGGACGGGAUUGCUGCCUCGGAAGACAUUUUGCUGGGCCAGCCGGGAAGUCUGAAGGGAGCCCGAAAACCUAGCUCGAUCUCCACCAGCACCACUGAAAAUGGGGACGCCGAGGAGGACUUCGAGCCGAGAAUAGUGCCUUACACGAAGCCAGCCCAGCCAAGCCAGUCCAAGAAAGUUUUCAGGGCCAAGUAUGCCAGCACAGAGCUGGGCAUUCGGGAGCGUCUCUUCGUUGGAGUCCUCACCUCCAAGACUACGCUGAGCUCCCUGGGAGUGGCUGUCAACCGCACCCUGAAUCACCACCUGGACGGCCGCCUGGCUUUCUUCACCGGGGCCCGCAACCGCAAGGUGCCACACGGCAUGCUGGUGAUCUCCCACGGCGACGAGCGCCCGGUCGUCGGCAUGUUCCAGACAGUCAACUUCUUGCUGGAGCACCACGUCGACGACUACGACUGGUUCUUCUUAGUCCAGGACGACGUCUACACCCAGCCGGACCGGCUCAAGGCUCUGGUGGAUCACCUCAGCAUGAGGCGCGAGCUCUACAUGGGGCACCCGGAGGAGUUCAUCGGCGGGGAGGGACAGGGGAGGUUCUGCAGCGGGAAGGCGGGAUACCUGCUCUCGCGGGCUCUCCUCCUCAAGAUCAAGCCCUUCCUGGACCACUGCCGCAAUGACAUCGUCAGCGUCAGGCCGGACGAGUGGCUCGGCCGCUGCAUCAUCGACUACACCAGCACCAACUGCAUGGACGAGCUGGAGGGUGUGCAGUACAACCAUUUUGUGUUGGAGCCAGGCUUUGAUCUGAGUCAAGAGGAGAGCGGAGCUUUCCGGAAUGCCCUGUCCGUCCACCCUGUGUCCAAGCCUGAUCAGAUGUAUCGUCUGCAUAAGCACUUCACUGAGAUCGAACUACAGAGGACCUAUGAGGAGAUUGAGAAACUACAGGCGGAGAUAAAGAACGUGAGUGAGGUGGCCGUGGAUGGAAACCGCAGUGCACUGUGGCCCGUCGGUGUGUCACCUCCCUUCGAGCCUAAGUCGCGCUUCGAGGUCAUGCGCUGGGACUACUUUACUGAGGACCAGCUCUACACCUGCGCUGAUGGCUCGCCCAAGUGUCCACUAGAGGGCGCCGACCGGCUGGACGUGGACGACGUCAUCCAGACGGCCGUGGCCGAGCUGAACCGCAAGUACUCUCCGACGCUGCGCCUGUCCAAACAGCGGCUCGUCAACGGCUACCGCCGCUUCGACCCGACGCGCGGCAUGGAGUACACUCUGGACCUGCAGCUGGAGGCGCGCACUGAGGCUGGGCACAGCGGCCCGCUCUCCUGCCGCGUGCACCUGGUGCGGCCGCUCAGCCAGGUGGAGAUCAUCCCCAUGCCCUACGUGACGGAGGCCACGCGGGUUCACGUGCUGAUGCCGCUGGUCAGUGACGAGAGCUCCGUGGCGCUGCACUUCCUCGACCUGUACGCCUCCAACCUGUUUGAGACGGCCGAUAACGCCGUGCUCACCUUCCUGUUCAUCUACGACCCGCUCGAAGCCCAGCGCGUCAGCCAGAGCGACGUCUUCGGCGAGGUCAAGGCCAAGGUGGCCGCCUACGAACGCAAGUACCCGUCUGUCAAGGUCCCCUGGAUCAGCGUGAAGACGGAGAGCCCGGCCCUGCUGCGCGUGCUGGACAUCGUCUCGCGGAAACACCCCGUGGACACACUCUUCUUCUUGGCCACGCCGGACACAGUGGUCACCACCGAGUUCCUCAACCGCUGCCGGAUGAACGCCAUCAGCGGCUGGCAGGCCUUCUUCCCCAUGCACUUCCAGGACUACGACCCCAAGGUGGCGUACCAUGACCAGCCACCCCCAGCCUCUCCGGACCUGGUGCGCGAGGCCGGGCAGUUUGACCGGUACGCGUUCGAUGAGGCCUGCUUUUACAACGCAGACUACAUGGCUGCCAGGACACACAUGGCUGGAGACACUCAAGAGAACAGGGACAACGACGAUCUUCUGGAGACACUGGACGUGUAUGAUGUGUUUGUCCGCUACUCCGGCUUGCAUGUAUUCCGCGCUGUGGAACCGGCUUUGCACCAGCGCUACCGGAACCGCACCUGUAACCCGCGCCUGAGCGAGGAGUCGUUCCACCGCUGCGUCCAGAGCACGCUGGAGGGUGUGGGCUCACGGUCGCAGCUGGCCAUGCUUCUAUUUGAGCAGGAGCCAGGAAACAGCACCUGAGACUUGCGAUUUCUCCACCUGCACAGAACCACACAGUUCUGAACAUGCCCCGCUGACUCUACACUACACAAGCGGUGGGACACGUUCCAAAAAACUGCAGCAUGAACGUGGCCACGCACUGUCACUACUCAAUGCAACUGAAAACCCACGCUGAAGCACGUGUUGGAACGAGCACCUGUUUCAGCGGGACACCAUAAUUACACCUCUCCGCACAGAGCCAGAUGUCACAGCUGGUACUCUCUCUCUCUUGAACAUGGCCACAUAACUUCACUGCAAUUCCGUACAUACCAGAACUAGUUACUCAAACUACUCUAUGGCCACGUAAUUUGUACUCUACUCGCAGCAUUGGCCAAACGCUUAAUCUCCACUAUCCUGAGCUUUCUCCUCGACAUAACACACGGCAAGGGCCCCGGAUUACGGGCGUCCUCCCUUGACUCCUAUUCACUUUCAGCUGAAUAAGACUUCAGGAGAGUAGAGAUGAAAGCCGCCCUGACAGGUUGCCAGGUUUGAUGGGUUGCCAGGUUUGACGGGUUGCCAGGUUUGGGGCUCAGUGGCUCAGCUGACUGCUCAGCCUCAGCUGGUAAGCGCGCCUCGGCUAAAAGUGACGGUCAGCACUUUCUGCAGCUGGUGGAGAGAGAGGGAGAGUGAGCCAAGUGAAGGAGCUGCACAAACACACAGAACAUUCUGGAAGCUGAGGUCCAUGGAGGGUUGGUUUAGUAGGAGCGGAAGGGGUGAGAAGGGAGCUGGCACAGCGAAUGGCAAAUGUGAUAGGGGUGGAAGUGGGGUUGGGGGACUCAAGAAGUGUUUAGUGGCAAAAGUGAACUGAAAAGUUAUCGGGUUGGUGCGCACACCUUUGUUUUGGCAUGUUUUUUGGCCUCACGGGGAAGUAUUUCACCUGAAUGCUAUGGUUAACAGAGUAAUGUGGCGGUUGCUGGUGGCAGCUACAGCCCUGGCCCAUAGAGCAGCUAACCCUCAAACGAAUCUGGGCUGAAUCAGAGCUUAAUUUGGGCCGGAUCCGUUAGAGAAUCUGCGCCUGUGAAAGCAUUUGUUUCAUAUUACCCUCGAUUGUCAGUGCCUUUCAGUCUGCGUGGGGCUUCUCCUCCAGGCUGCUGUAAUUCUGUGUAAAUUAGAAAGAAGAAUACAAGUAUUGUUGUUCGUGUGUGUCUGUCUGUGUGUGUGCCAGCUGUUCACAGAUGUGUAUGUGUCUGUGUGUG